GUUAAGUGCUGAUCGUGCUGUAAAUAAAUUUUAAGAACGUGAAAAAAUCUCCGCUUUAAGUCAAAAUGUCGGGCACGUGAUUUUUAUCGAUAUUAAUUUUUUUACUAAAUCGAGUAAUUAACUAAACUAUGCCAUCUCUUCAAAUUAAAGGGUUAAAGCUAUAUCUAGAUCUAGCAAUUAUUUGGUUAGAGGCGUGUUAGUUUACAGUUACUUCAACUUAUCCCUUAUUGCUAUUUCCCCUCAUCACUAAUUACCUCAUUGGUUUCUCAGUUAUAAUUAUAUCAGAGUGAGUGUGAUUCCUGCUGUAUUGUACCUUAAGUCAAUUAUCUAAAGGUUAAAGGCUAAUCAUAAAGUUGCAUAUCGCCGUACUAUGGCUCCAAUAUAUGUCAAAGGUGGGGUGUGGUCCAAUGUGGAAGAUGAGAUCUUGAAAGCUGCAGUAUCAAAAUAUGGCUUGAAUCAAUGGUCAAGAGUUGCUUCUUUAUUAGCUAAAAAGAAUGCAAAACAAGCUAAAGCAAGAUGGAAUGAAUGGUUGAAUCCAAAUCUUAAUAAAUCUUCUUGGUCUAAGGAAGAUGAUGAGAAAUUAUUAAAUUUAGCCAAACUUUUACCAAAUCAAUGGAGAACUAUAUCUCCUAUAAUAGGUAGAACUGCUACUGUUUGUGUAGAAAGGUAUCAAAAAUUAUUAGAUGAUGCUGCUAAUAAUAAGAAUGAUGAUAAUGUGGAUGAUAAAUCAAAUGAAUUAGGACUUACGGGUCCUGGUAUAGAAUCAUUACCUGCUUCAGGUCCUUCAAUUGGAGAUUUAAAUAUCAAUCCUGAAAGUAAACCUGCUAAACCAGAUGAUGAUGAAUUAGAUGAUGAAGAACGAGAAAUGUUAACAGAAGCAAAAUCAAGAUUGGCUAACACUCAAGGUAAGAAAGCAAAGAGAAAAGCAAGAGAAAGAAUGUUGGAAGAAAGUAAACGAUUGGCUUUAUUACAAAAAAGAAGAGAAUUAAAAGGUGCUGGUAUAAAUGUAAGUUUAACAUCUAAAAACAAACGAGCUAAAAAGGAAAUGGAUUAUAAUGCUGAUAUACCGUUUGAACAUGCCCAUAUGACAGGAUUAUAUGAUGUUUCUGAAGAAUUAUCAAAGAAUGAACAUGAAAAGGUUCAUUUCAAUCAUGAUGUUUCAAAGAAGGGAAUUGAAAUGAUUGAAGGUGAUGGUAAUAAGAAGGAUAAAAAUUCUUUAAAACGUGAAAGAGAGCAACAAAAUUUGGAUAAUAAAAAUAAUAAAUUAAAUAUACUGGCAGCUGCUGAAUUACUUAAUGAACAUGAAAAUAUUGUUUUAAAGAAACAAAAAUUGGAUUUACCUGAACCAGUGGAACAUACCACUGCUAAGUUAGUUACCUUAGAAGAUAAUAGUUUAUCAGGAGUAUUUGUUAAGUCUGACAAGGAUGAAAUACAGGAGCAAGAAUCAACCGAUAUUGAUUCCAGAAUCAUCGCAAAGGGUAAAGAUUUAAUUGCCAGAUCGUCUACAAAUUCGGUUUUAUUGAGUAAGCCAGUUUCAACUUCCAAAGAUCUUGAUGAGCAAACAUCAGCUGUUCUUGUCAAAAUAUCAAGUAAGGUUCUUAGAAAGAUUUUAAUAGAUGAAUUCUCAAAAUUACCUACCCCAAAGCAUUCUCGUGCUAUAAUAUUACCUCAAUUUGAUGCAAAUGAAGAUAAAUUAGACUUGACAGAAUUUGAUGAUCUUAAUCAAUCCGAUUCUAUUGAUCAUGGUGAAAGAGUAAGACAAUUACAGAUUUUGCAACAAGUUGAAGAAGAAAAGGCAAAGUUAAGAAGAUCUCAAGCUGUUCAAAAAGGAUUGCCUAUCCCAGAUCCAAGUAAAUUGAAACCAAUAACUGUGAAUGAAGGUGAUUCAGAUAUUUCAAAUCAAGUAGCUUUGGAAUUAAAGAAAUUGAUUAGUUCUGAUUAUAGAAAGUAUGUUGAUUCAAGUUAUCAAGCUCCAUUACUUGAAGAUCUUGAUGAAGAAGCGUAUGAAACCGUCAAUAAAGAGAUUUCCGCUGAACUUGAAAGAUCAAAAGGUGAACAGUUGAAUGCCAAGAUUGAACCUAAUGUAUAUAAACUUCCUGAAAGCACGUUGAUAAGAUCUAUCUUGACUAAUAAUUUACAACAAAUCAAGACUAAAUGCUCUUCAAUGGAACAAGAAAUCAAUGAGAAGAUCAAGUCGACUCAGUAUGAAACCAACUUUGAAUCAUUGGCCAAAGACUUAGUCACUGAAUUUACUGAAUUAACUACUAUUGCUGAAGAUUUAGAAAACACAAUCAAACUUUCCCAACAAGAAGAUCAAGUAAUCGAAACCAGAACCAUGAAUCUACAAGCUGCUGUUGAUAGAUUAAAUCUGGCUGAAGCAAAUGUCCAAGAAAGAAUGCGUUCAAUCCACUUACACUCUAUUUGAUCCCUACCCCCAGCAUUAUGUAUUAUAUGUAUUACAUUUCUAUUUAUUUAGUUAAUCAAUUAAUGAGUUAUGAUAUU